AUGGCUGAUAAUGCCCCGUCAACGGACCCCGCAACUCGCCGACCAGUGCAUCCGUUCUUCGCACAGAAGCGCACAACUAUUCCUAUAGCAGAUGAGCACCUCGAACAUAACGCAUCGACUUCAAGCGGCAAGCCACCGGAUGGCAACACUGACCCGAACCCUGCGGCUCGGCGCGGCAGACGGCGCAAGGCCGAUCAACAAACAAAAAAGGAACAGACAGACAUGAAUUCACGGCCCAGGAAGCGUACGAGAAAUUCGGCAGGCGAAGACAUCCAAAACCAUUUCGUGAACUUGGCUAAAGGGAGAGAAAGUAAAAUGCCAAACGACACUGAGAGCGAAGAUGCUGAUAUUGUAUCGCCCACCACCCUGUCGCCAUCGCACACCGUGAAUGGAAAUGAUCAUAGCAACAAUGACCCUUCUACCGAUAUCCCGGGGGGUGAGUCCCCAUCAGGCGAACAAGACGCACCCCAGGCAAAUGGCUGCAUUUCCAAGACGACCCCAGCAGCGCCGGCAGCAGAGGCCAGCCCGGUCAAGCCGAAGAAACUCUUGCACUUCAACCCAAAAACUGGCACGAUUGGCUCACCUCCGAAACCCAAAACGUCUAGGGUUGCUGCGGAGGAACCUGGCGAUAUUGGAACAAAGCCAGCUGGCCGAAGUGGCAGGAGACCAGCAUCGAAGAUUGUGCUCAUCCCAUACGGGUCAGACCCAGAGAGUCGCGCCAGGCUCGGUGGCUUAAUCAACACCAUCCUCAACCGCCAAGCACAGCAAUCCGAUUUCGAUCCAAAACAGCGGUCAAAGGGAGGCAAGACAUAUUCGGCAAAGGGCCGCAAAACAACUUCACCAAAGGCUUCCAAGGUCACUCAUCCUUUUUUCCUGGGUCAGGCCAAGAAAAGUGGUCCUGCUCCUGCAGAUACUCAGCCCAACAAGCUCACUUCCGAUCAGCCCAAGGCUCAAACGAAGCAUUUCAGUUCGACACCAUGCUCGCCCAGAAAAGCCCGAACUGGACCGGCACCAAAGAUCCCAAUGCCCCAUAUCGGCGUCAAAAGCUUGGGCUUGAGAUUUCCUGGUGCCAAAUUGCCAGCUUGGCCAUGGAAGGGCAUGGUACACGCGCGAGGAGACGAUGCUGAGAUAUUCAACCAUGACAUUGGCAUGAUGUCUCUGCGUUCACGGAGGUCCAAAGGGAAUGCCGUAAAGAUCCCCCUGAAUGAGUCGGUCAUCAGUCUCGUCACCCGGUCAAUUGACGUCCCUGGGAUGGAAGUGGCGGCGCGCAACAUCAACACAGAUGAGGCCAUUCCUCCUCCCCCUGAACUUCGCCUCCCUCAAAAGCACUUCGAGAGUGGAAGCAAGCUCCAGUCUCGAAUCUUUCCUGAGCUCAAGACUUUCCGGUUAUCUCCUCCAACAAGAAAUUUGACGCCGCACCAAAGGUCCUCCCAGGAGAAUGAUGGAGCCAUACGAGUGCCACCCCAACUCUCCCGUCUCUUCAAUUCCAUUCCGUCUUCACUGUCGGCAUUUGACAUGUCACAGUGUGAGACAGCUACUUGGGCCCAAAAGUAUGCUCCGACAAGCGCUGUCGAAAUUCUUCAACCGGGACGUGAGGCAUUGCUCCUGAGGGACUGGCUUCAGGCAUUGAUGGUACAGUCAGUAGACACAGGCUCGGUGGAGUCUGAGAAAUCAAUGGCUGGGUCAAAGGCAAAGGGUCCAGGUGCUGGUAAGAAGAAGCGGAGGAAAAAGCAGGAUGGCUUCAUUGUCUCUAGUGAAGACGAGGACGACGAGCUGCAUGAUUUGUCAGAUGAGGAUGAUGCUUGGGCUCCUAGUGGGAGUCGAGGCAUCCUCCGCAAGACAGUCGUCCGGUCGGCAAACCAGGCCAGGGGCACCGCAAACACGCUGGUCAUAAGUGGGCCCCACGGCUGCGGCAAGACUGCUGCAGUGUAUGCAGUUGCCAAAGAGCUCGGUUUUGAGAUUUUCGAGAUCAAUGCAAGCAGUCGAAGGGGCGGCAAAGAUGUGUUGGAGAGGAUUGGCGAUAUGACCAGGAAUCACCACGUUCAGCAGCACCAGUCCAUCACCGUGCCCGACGAGGAGAGCCCUGCAGCCGAGGAUAACACUGCAAAGGACAUCAAAACAGGCAAGCAGUCCACCAUGCAGGCAUUCUUCAAGACCAAAACUACAGGAAACAAAGCCAAGCAGUCAGCGGGGGUCGCGGCCAAGGGCACCCAAAGCGAAGCCAAGAAAGAAACCCCCAAGACUCAGCGUCAGUCAUUGAUCCUUUUGGAGGAGGUCGACAUUCUCUACGACGAGGAUAAGCAGUUUUGGACCACAGUCGUUGGCCUCAUUGCACAGGCCAAGCGACCGUUCAUCAUGACCUGCAACGAUGAGACACUUGUGCCCCUGCACACCUUGAGACUUCACGGCAUAUUUCGAUUCAGCACCCCACCGAGGGAUCUUUCAGUUGACCGUCUGCUGCUCAUCGCGGCGAACGAAGGCCACGCCCUAUCGCGGCAGUCUGUGGAGCAACUCUACGACUCUCGUCACCAAGACCUCCGGGCUGCCACAAUGGACUUGCAGUACUGGUGUCAGAUCGGGGUGGGUGAUCGCAGGGGCGGCUUUGACUGGUUCUACCCCCGCUGGCCAAGGGGAGUCGACCUGGAUGAGAACAAAGAGGUCGUCAGGGUCGUCAGCCAGGACGCAUAUCGGCCGGGAAUGAACCUUCUGGGACGGGACAGCAUUGUGGACCCUACACAGUCUCCGAGGAGGAUGGAAGAGGAGGUCCUCCACCAAACCUGGCACCUGUGGGGCCUUGACGUUGGGGACUGGCAGGACUCGGUGGGAUUGGAGUCUUGGGCAGAGGGUCUAGGGUCCGGUCUUGUGACCCCCUCGGCUGAUCGGCUGUGUAUUCUAGAAGGCUAUGGCUACCUAGCAGAUGCCAUGAGUGCGGCAGAUAUAUGCUCUUUUAAGGCAUUUGCCGCAUUCACGGAGGAAGCAAUGGACACCACUCAACCGGAGCUGCUAGCCAAGGCUCGGGAGGACUUUGUACUGGGUAUCACACAUCUCGAAACGCCAAUUAUGACUCAUCACGACACCCUUACGACGUCCAUCGCUUUCGCAGUCAAGUCUCUCGCCAAAUCCUCACUUCAGCUUCACACUGAGAGACUUUCACGCCAGCCAGCCCAGGCACUCUCUGCUCUCGAUGAAGGCCGGGCCAUUCAGUGCCUCCAAGCCAGCUUCACAACGACUCUGCCUGGGACUCCAGCGAUCAAUCGCAUGGACUUUGCGUUUGCUUUCGACCCAAUUGCGACUGCCGACACGUCUCUGCUGCAACCAAUGUCCUACCUCGAACCCUCGGUUUUCGACCGGACCCUGAAGAUCAUCGCCCUUGAUGUUGCACCGUUCGUUCGGGGCAUCGUCGCCCACGACUCGCGCCUCCAGCGACAGCGGCUCAAGAUGAGCAACCUUGUGUGCGAGGGCGGCAAACCUUCCCAGGGGACCAAGCGGAUGCGUACUACGAGAUCGGCGUUCUCGGCCCUCGAGGGCGGGUCAAGGAGCACCACACGAGGGGAGAGAUGGUUUAAGGCGGACAUGAACCAGUACUUGGUUGCAAAGACGGCUGGUGAGAGGUGGAACAGCUUUCGACCUGGUGGCCUGGAGACACCAGAGAAAUCGGUGAGGGGCUCGGCGAAAGGCUCUCCCAAUACUUCUUCCCCAGAUGUCACUCCCACCAAAACAAUGAAGAAGGCUGUGCUGAAAAGCGGGAAGCGGAAGAUGGCCCUUGGGGAUGAUGACGAGGCCGACGAGCUUGGUUGCUGA